UUUUUAACAAUUAAAAUAAUGCCUCAAAAAGACGAAAAUUUAUCACAAAAUGAGGACUUAACAGCCGAACAUUUGAAGAAUUCGGGAAAUGAACUUUUCAGUUUGGACAAGUUUUCUGAGUCUGUUGAUAGUUAUAGUCAAGCAUUGGCAUUGAAACCGGACAACAAAUUGAGGUUAACUCUUUUGAAGAAUAGAGCGAUGGCUAGACUUAAAUUGGAAGACUUUGAGGGAGCUGAAAGUGAUUGUGAUGAAGCAUUAAAAUUGAGCCCAAAUGAUGCCAAAGCAUUGUAUAGACGAGCACUUGCAAGAGAGAAACUGGAUAAAAUUGGUUCGGCAUUUACUGAUGCAAAAGAAGCUUUGAGACUUUUGCCUAAUGACAGGUCCUUAACUGAAUUGUGUGCUCGACUAGUUAAAUCAAAUUCUGAAAGAUUAAAACAAACAGAAAGCACUGAAAGCAAAACUAAAGAAAUGAUGAAAUUGGCUUUUGAAAAUGUUGGAAAGGAGGGGGAAAUGCAAAUUAAGGCUUUAAAUAAUUUAUUGGUUCUUUGCCGCGAUUCUGCAGACGGCGCCAACAAAGUGUGGAAUAAUGGAGAAAUUGUAACUCAACUUUUGUCAAUUAUUAUAAAUGUGGAGAAAAAUUCUGAUAAUGAAGCGUUAGCUGCUGUUCGAGUUCUGUCUGAAUUGAGUGGAAAAUCGAGAGAGAAGGCAAUUCAAACAAUGGAACUGCUCGGAGGUGCCCAAAUUCUUACACGUCUUAUAGCUGCUAGAAAACCUUUAGUAUUUGUGGAGGCUUCGUCGACAGUUAUCCAACAUGUAUUUAAUGGACUUGCUGCUAUGGAUAGGUCAAAAGAGAUUAAACCGUGUGCGGAAACUGUUGAGAAAAAUAAAUUGCCAAUCCUUCGCAUAAUUCUUGAAUUGGAAGAAAUGUUGACAGACCCAAAAUUUGAUGUUUUUGUUAGAGAAUGUGUUAUAGACUUGUUAAUGAAGAAUUUAAUGCAUAUGGAUGGGGGAUUGCCUAGAGGAUGGUCUUGGCGUUUUAUUGAAGGAAGGGGACUUUAUAAAAUGUUACAUUUGGCUACUCAAGUACCCGAAUUGUGUGAUUACCCAGUUUCUGCUGAAACACGUCAACAUGUGGCUAUUUUUCUUACUCGUUUAUAUGAUGAUAUGGUAUUUGAUCAACGUCGUGCUCUCUAUUCAGAAGUUGUUAAAAAUGUUUUUGAUGGCCUAUUAAUCGACAUUGACCAAAGAAUUUCCAAAAUUAAAUUGGCUGCUCUAUUAAUAACUUUAAUGCAAGGUCCAAUAGAUGUCGGUUUUAAUCUUUUAACAAAUGAUAAAAUUACUGGAAUUAUGUUGUCUAUGGCAGAUGUUGAAAAUGGGGAUAAUUUACAACAAAGCUUGGCUGUUGAAUUAAUUGUUUUGUCUGUUAGUAAAUAUGAGAGGGCAACAGCUUUGAUUAAACAAGGAUUGCCAGUAUUAAAAAAGCUUUAUCGUUCUGAAGACCAAAAUGUUCGAGUUCGGGCUUUGGUAGGUUUAUGUAAAUGUGCCGCUUCUGCUGGGGAUGAUUGCAGUCGUCAACCUAUGGAUGAUGAAUCUAGAACAAAAUUGGCAAUGGCUUGUAGGAAAUAUUUGGUUGUAGAAAAUGCUAAUAAAUAUUCGGUUGAUGUUCGCCGUUUUGCUUGUGAAGGCCUUUCAUAUUUAUCUUUAGAUGCUGAAAUUAAAGAACAAAUUGUUUGUGAUACAGAAUUGCUUAAAUCUUUAGUUGAAUUGGCAAAAAAUGCUGGUGCUCUAUGUGUUUAUACAAUGGCUGCUAUUUUUAUGAAUUGUGCAAAUGCUUAUGAAAAAUCUAAAAUUGAUGAAGAAAUGAUUAAACUAGCUCAAUUUUCCAAACAUCAUGUACCUGAAACACACCCAAAAGAUGCUGAUUCUUUUGUCGAAAAAAGGAUAAGACAAAUGGUAAAAGCUGGUGCCGUGACUGCUUGUGUGCUUGUUUCUAAAACUGAAAGUAAAAGUGCUUUGGAUAAUUUGGCAAGGUGUAUAUGUGCAUUUAGUGCAUUUGAAGAUCUUUCUGGUCAAAUAAUAAGCGAAGGGGGUGCCAAACUUUUACUUCAAUUAUAUAAAGAAUGCACUGCAGAUGGAAAAAUUAAAGCAGCACAUGCUAUUGCACGUUUAGGUGCCCAUAAUGAUCCAAAUAUUGUUUUUGCCGGUCAAAGAAUGUAUGAAGUAGUUAAACCUUUAGUUGAUUUAUUACAUCCUGAUGUUGAAGGCCGUGCAAAUUAUGAUAGUUUAUUAACUUUAACAAAUUUGGCAUCAAUUAGUGAUUCUGUCCGUAAAAGAAUUUUACAUGAAAGAGCAUUACCCAAAAUUGAAGAAUAUUGGUUUGAUCCAACCCAUGAAGAAUUGAGGGCUGCUGCUGCUGAACUUUUACUUAAUUUACUUUUUUGUGAAGAUUAUUAUAAAGAAGUUAUUAAGCCAGGAACAGACCGUGCCAAAGUUUGGGCCCUUUACUGUGAUGAAGGCGACACAGAAACUGAUCGUUUACGACUUGCAUCAACAGCUGGUUUUGCUAUAUUAACAGAGGAUAAAGAAUAUUGUUCAAGAAUUAUUAAAGAAAUUUCAAGUAAAAGUUGGGUAGAAUUAUUUAAAGAAAUGGCAAUGGCUGAAAGACCAGAAUUACAAAGAAGAGGUUUAAUUGGGUUAGCAAAUAUGGUUGAAUAUGGAGGGGAAAUGGUUGCUAGUGAAAUUAUGGGGAGUGAGAUUUUCCGUGUUCUUGUGGCUAUAACAAAAUUGGAAGGUGAUGCAGCUACUGGUCGUGAAGAAGCUCGUAAAGAAGCACAGCGUGCAUUAAAUGCUGCUCAAAAAUUAGGAUUAAUAGCUCCAACAGAUCGACAGCUUUAUGAAAGAAUGGAAAAAAUAAAAUUUGAAAAUAAAAAUGAAACAACAGCUCUUGCAAGUGUUUUGGAGGAGGAAAAGGUAGAAGAAGCUGAAAAUAAAGGGGAAGAAGGGGAUAAAGAGAAUGGAAAAUAA